GAAAUCAAGAUGAAGACUCUGAUGGUCCUGCUGGUUGUUCUGGUCUUGGCAUCUGCGACUGCACAAAACACUCGUACUCAAUUCACACGCUACCGCUCAUGGAACUCACGUAUGUACCCCGUGUGGAGGGAUGGAGACCCAAGAUUUAGGAACUGCUGGGCUGGCGGGGAAGUCACUUUUGAUGUGAAGAACGACGCCCCCACGCUGGUUGGAGCAAAAGCAACAUUUAAUAUUAAUCUUAAUUUCCCCCCCAAUCAGACAGCGCUCCCUGAUGGGCGGGUGGUCUGGGCACGUAACUGCACUGUUAAUGGUCAACAGUAUCAAGCGGGCCAGUCUGUGUAUCCGGACCAAAAUGAGAUGCGGGGUUCCGUUUUCCCUGAUGGUACACCUUUCACCAGCACCCGGGACAGGAAACCUCACUAUGUGUACGUUUGGAAGACCUGGGGGAAGUACUGGCAGGUAGCAGAUGGACCUUCCUCCUCCCUCACCAUUGCUACAGACAACGUGGCCCUGGGAUCCUACACCAUGGAGGUUGUCAUCUAUCACUGUCGUGGAAAAGACAAGUUCAUCCCCCUCGGCUACGCCUCCACAGUCUUCACCAUCACAGACCAAAUCCCCUUCACCGUAUCCCUCACCCAAGUCAACGACAUCAACCAGGACGACUCAAACUUCAUCCAGAACCGGGCCAUUGCCUUCAGCGUCAACCUCCACGAUCCCAGCCAGUACCUGAGCGGUGCUGAUAUCAGUUUCAGCUGGGACUUUGGAGACAGCUCCGGAAUUCUGAUCUCCAGGGAACGCACCAUCACGCACACGUACCUCUCGGUGGGAACCUUCAAUCCUCAGGUGGUCCUGAUGGCGAGCAUCCCCAACGGCUGCGUGAACCCCUCUGCUGUGGUUCCUGUUGAUGCCUCUGCUGCCUCGGUGGUAGUGGUGACCCCAGCAGCUGAUCCAGCAGCAGCAGACGUUCCCGCCUCUGACCCAAUCCCAGCAGCAUCAGAUGCUCCCAUCUCGGACGCCACAUCUGAAGCCGACGCCAACACAGAUGACACGGAAGAUCCUGAAACAGAAGAAGUAGAGGCUGCAUCUGUUGCCCCUGCAGGAAUUGACACAGCCAUCGUUCCAGCAGAAGAAGAUCCAGCUGCUACGGCUGCAGAUGUUGCUGCAGAAGACACAGAUGAAGUUCCCGCUGCUGAAGAGACACCAGAUGCUGCUGUAGAUGCAGCGACAGAAGAAGUGGUUGAUGCUGCUGCCUCAGUAGCACCUGUCGCCGAGGGAGAAGAAACCGUAGUCGACGUAGCAGCUACAGUCCUCCCUGAGGCUGCCGAUACUCUUACCGCCUCCCCUGUUGCUGUAGCAGAUGAAGGCGACGCUGAAGAUGCUGCUGAAGAUGCUGAAGAUGCUGAUGUUGCCGCAGAGGUGGUCCAAACUGAAACAGAAGCCCCCGCUGAUAAUGUUGUAGUUCCCGCAGCCACAGAGAGCACAGCUGUAGAAGAAGCAGCAGAAGAGGCAGCUGAUGCUGAUGCUGAUGCUGAUGCUGAAGUGAACAUCGUUGAUGCUUCCAUAGCUCCAGCAGCAGGUGAUGAGGAGGUGGUUCCAACUGAAGGAGAAGUCCAAGCCGAGGUGGAAGCGGAUCCGGCCCAAGCGGUGGUCGUCGUCAAAAGACAAGCACCAGCGGUGGCAGCAGACUGCAUGGUCUACCGUUACGGAUCCCUCUCCACCUCUGUUGAUGUCAUCCAGGGAAUCGAAAGUGUGGAGAUUGUACAGAUGUCCAAUGUUGUGUCCUUGGCAACUGAGUUGGAUCAAAACGCGGUGGAUGUCACCAUUAGCUGUCAAGGAAGUUUACCAAGCGAGGUCUGCACCAUCAUUUCGGAUGCCGACUGCAUCACACCCGUGGAAACGGCCUGCAGCGUGGCCGCGCCCUCCCCCGACUGCCAGUUGGUCCUCCGCCAGUUCUUCAAUGACUCUGGAGUUUUCUGCCUCAACGUCUCCUUGACCAAUGAUGUCAGUCUCGCGAUGGCGAGCGCUCGCGUCAACGUGGCAGUAGCCUCCGGUGGUUCCCCGGCUGGAACCGCUGCUACAAUCCUGGGUGUGAUGGUUCUGGCCUGUGUGGUCUGUUGCAUUGGUUUGAUGUACAGGCGCUUCAAGCAGUACCAGCCACUGAGCGAGGACAGCGAUGGGCGCAGCUCGUCAGUAACAUCCGUGCCUCUGCUGCUGUGGAACUUGCUGAUGCGACAAUCACCUGGAGAGAGCCGCCCGCUGCUUCAGGGGAGGAUGGUGUGAAUAUUAACAUCAUAAUGCACUCAAUGUCGGUUUUUAAAUAGCAUUUACUGUAAUGAUAUGAUGAUGAUACUCUGUGAUUAUCUUGAAAUACACAACAGAGCCCACGAUGUUUUGAAGGAUUUAUGCAAAAAAAAAAAUAGAUUGACGUUGAUAUUUAUUUUGAAAUUGGCUUUUUGUAUAUUUAACCUACAUUGGAAAUUUUUCUUAAUUUGCUUUAAAAUGUAAUCAAUUUUCCCACGCCACAGAGCACAUUUUUGUUGUAAGUAACAUGAGUAAAAUGGAACUUUAUCACCUUGGCAUGUUUUUCCUCACUAGUUUUCUACACAAAAAAAUCAUAUAGUAUUGUAAGUGUGUUCUUAACCUUUAAAGGUUCAUUAUGUUUACAUGACACUACUGCUUUUCUAGUAAAAAAAAAUGAAUGAAAAAAACAACACAGACACACACACUUUUUUUUUUUACAUACACACCAUUAUCUAAAAUUAAUCUUGACACACACUGACACUUUUCAGUAGCAAGGUACCCUUAAAAAAAAACUUUACUUUUUCUGCAUGCUUUGAAUUGGAAAAAAUAGCACCAUCUGGUGGAUUUAUGUAGAAGUUAAUUAGAAUUUAGUGUAAAAUAGUAGGGAUUUUUAUGCUGAUAUCGGUAUUGAUAUUUAUAUAUUAUAGAUAUCAGCAUAAAAAUGCAAUAUU